GUGCUGUUGGGUCGCGGGUUGAGAUGGGGUCGGUGACUGUGACGUCACAGACCCACACCGCGCCUGAGUCCGGGCAUCGGAGGGUGAUGUCGGCGCGGCGUUGGGCAGUUUCUGGUAAGUAGAGCGUGGAUUCCAUUUUCUGAUAUGGUAUCAGAGCUCGUUUCCGCCUAAGCGGCUCUUGAUCCUCUCGCUCCGUUGGAGCCUAGCAUUUGCGUCUUACGACGCAAAGCUUUUCUAGUCGCCUCAACUCAGCGCGGCGCUUCUUAUCGGGCUGAGCCCGUCGCCCCGCAUCUGCUCGUCGCACCUGAUCGGGCUGAGCCCAGCUGCGCUACGCGCGGAGAAAGGGUCCUUGGAGCAUCAUGGCAUAUCCUUCCGCGUCUCUCUCAAACCCGAUCACUCCCUUACGCCUCGACCCAAAUGGCUCAAGCCCUAACUUCAAGGAGUGGAGCUAUGGGGUUGAUAAGCAUCUCCUAAGCCGCAAAAUUGAGGGGAUUUGCCUCAAGGAUCUGAAUCGACCAGUCUACGGGUUGAAGCAGGCUCCUCGGGAAUGGCACAAGAAGCUGAAAGCAACCCUCGAGUCACUCGACUUCCACCCCUCCUCAGCCGAUCCGAGUCUCUUCAUUCGCAAGAACGACAGCCCGUUCUUCAUCCUUGUCUACGUUGACGACAUGAUUCUCGUCUCCAAGGACUCCGAUCAGCUGGCAGCUGUUAAGCAAGCUCUUGGGGACGCUCUCGCCAUGAAGGACCUCGUGGCCACUCCCCUUCCCUUGCAGCAUGAUCUGACCGCUCCAUCAAUUCCAUCGCCUGAGCCUUGUGAUGAGGCAUACCCCGAGCUCGUCGGAUCACUCAUGUAUGCGAUGAUGUGCACAAGGCCCGACCUCGCCUACCCCAUCAGUGUGCUCUCGCGUUACGUUGCUGCCGGUCGAUACACCAAUCGCCACUGGUCGGCUGCUAAGCGCGUCCUUCGCUACCUCCAAGCCACCAAGGACUACGUCCUCACUUUCGGUGGCACGACCCCUCCUCACCUCGAGGGAUACAGCGACUCCUCAUGGGCUGAUGAUCAAGCUGACCGCCGCUCUUCCCAAGGCUAUUGCUUCACCCUUGGCAGUGCAAACCUGUGCUGCAACUCCCUCAACGGCCCCAUCCCUGCCUCCUUCAGCGGCCUUGCCUCCCUCGCCUAUCUCGACCUGCAGGAAAACGCACUGAGCGAGGCAAUUCCGGAUGCCAUUUCGCUCAUGACCGCUCUUACAAGCCUCUACCUGUCCAGCAACCGGCUCAGUGGAGGCAUUCCCCCGCCAUCGGCGCCCUCACCUCCCUCCAACAACUAUUUCUGUCCAAGAACAUUCUUGCAGAAAGCAUUCCAACGGAGAUGGGCAAAUUGCUGCAGCUUCAGUCCCUGCACCUUGACAACAACGAGGUGGUGGGCAGCAUUCCCGACGCCCUGAGUGCCCUCACAAACCUGGAUCACUUGUCCAUGGCUGCCAAUCACUUGGUGGGCGCCGUCCCCAACUUCCUCACCUCCUUCGUUUUGCUCACACACCUGUCAGUCUCCCCUCUCACACACCUGUCAGUCUCCCCACUCACACACCUGUCAGUCUCCCCUCUCACACACCUGUCAGUCUCCCCUCUCACACACCUGUCAGUCUCCCUCUCACACACCUGUCAGUCUCCCCUCUCACACACCUGUCAGUCUCCCCUCUCACACACCUGUCAGUCUCCC